AUGUCAAUAUCUGAAGAACAAAUUAAAAAGAUUAGUAUAAAUCAAAACCAAGAGCUUGAAUAUCAUAAUUUUAAAGAUGAAAAAGAAAAAUAUACUAAAUCAUGGGUGCAUUACCCAAGUCCUCAUAUGGAUGAUGUAUUUAAACAAUUAGAUCCGGAGAAGAUUAAACCAUUUUGUAAAGGCUCUGGUAAGUCAAUUCAGGAAAUUUAUGUAAUUGUCAAAGGGAUUAGUAGAACGUUAUUAAGUGAGAUUAAAGUAUCAAAUGUUAAUUUACAAUAUGAAAAUAAGAUAAUUAGAUUUGAAUGUCUUAUUUGUGAUAUCUUAGAAAUAGCUAUUAAAUAUGAACAUAAACUACCUGAAAUUACAUUAGAAGACUUUGUUCUUAGUGACGAAAGAAAUAAAGUUUAUGCAUAUGGGGAAUUAUUUUAUUUCUUAAAUCUUUAUUCUGACAACAUCAAAUGGUUUUUCAUUGAUUUUGACCCAGCAAAAACUAAUAUUAAACCAAUUAACUUAAAAAAUGUUUAUUUUAAUUUACAAAGAAUGGUUGAAUUGUGCAAUGGAAAAGAGUCUAAUUACAAUGAAAUUAAAAUGUUUCUAUUUGACUUACGUCAUAUGAAUUCUAUUCAAAAUAUUCUUCAACAUGAAUAUUAUCAAAAAAUUUAUAACAGAAAACAUGGAGUUAGAAUAAAUUCUAAAGACUUAUUUUUCAUUUCAACGGAUGGAAAAGAAGUUUCUUUUGAAAAUGUUAUUGACUCAAAACCUGUUAGUAUAUCAUCAAAAAUUGUCUUAGAAUCAAAUGAUAAAUCUUCUUCUAUUCAAAGUGUUGGUCGAGGAGGAGCUGCAUUUAUUUUUAAAGGAAAGUUAAAGACUAAAGAUAAUGAAGAGAUAGAUGUUUCAAUUAAACAAUUUAAAACUGAUCUUCCAAAUACUAAAUGGGUUUUUAAAAGAGAAAAAGGAAUGAGUUUUUUAGUUAAUGACCAAAUUAAUAUACUUCCUGUUGUUGGAUAUUAUGAAGAAAAAAGUACAAAGAAAUAUUAUUUAAUAAGAACUUGGGCAGAUACUACAUUAGAAAAUGAAUUAAAGACCCCAAAAUUUGAAUUACAAAAUAACCCAGAAAAAUCACUAUCAUAUAUUAUUGAUAUAUUAUCGUGUGCAAUUAAUUUUAAAAAUCUAGGUUGUUUUAAUAGAGACUACAAAUUAAAUAAUAUCUUUAUUAAAGAUGGUAAAGCUCUUGUUGGAGAUUUAGGUACUGCAAUUGCUCUUUCUCCAACUAAUCCUGGAGUAACUAAAAUGUAUACUCCAUUAAUGCUUCCUGACAAAUGGGCUGAGGCUGAAGACAAAACGACUAAUGACAUUUAUUCUAUUGGAAUAACACUAUCUAAUUUCUUAAUGUCCCAAUGUAACACUGAAAAGUUAAGGACUCAAGUUAUUGAAUCAAAAAAAAAAGGUUUAUACUCUGAAGACAUCUUUGUUCAGCAAUUGUGUCUUACUGUUAAAAUGGUACAAACACAAAAUGGUGUUCCAUUAGACUUGGAAACUUAUAUCAAUGAAUUCAAGGAAACUCUUUUAAAGAUGAUGGCACAUAAAUAUGAAGAAAGAGCAACAUGGGAUGACGUUCAAAAUCUUUUAAAUUUAACAAUAAAGACAUAUGAGUCUUUAACACACAAAAAAUAUUUGCCUUGUGUUUCUAAAAAGUUAUUCACCUUAAAAGAUGUUAGUAAGAGAAUACUUCAAUGGUAUUCAAAUUUAUUAAGUUCAAAUGAGGAUAUUAUAGAAAAUAAAUUCUUUGGAUAUUCUGAAUUAGUUUCUAAUAUCGAACAGAAUGAGCCAAAUCAAGAAAUGUUUGAUUUAACAUUGAGACUUAUUGAAGACAUAUUAUUUGCUGCCAGUAAAAGAAGUGACAACGAUUUAAUGAUGGAUUGUAAGACAAUCUUUGAAGUUCUAAAAACAUAUCCCUUCAUUUCAGAUGAACAAAAGUCAAUGGUUGAGUAUCUUUCUUCACUUAUUAAUUGA